AAUCUCAUCUCUCUGUUCUCUAAUUGCCUCAACUCUUACAAUCCGGUCGAGAAAGAAGAAUUAGAGUACAUUGAGAUUCACCAACCUUCUCUUACUCAUCCUCAUUCUUUGUUUCAUCGCUAUUAAUGGCUCAAAGGACAACAUUAUUCGUUUAUUUAUUUGUAUUAUUAUUAACAAUUGAGUUAUUCAUAUCAGGUGUGGUCUCAACAAGUUUCACAAUAUUGAACAACUGCGAUUACACGGUAUGGCCUGGCAUUUUGUCAAACGCCGGCGUUUCGCCACUUCCAACCACUGGCUUCGUUCUCCAAAAGGGUGAGUCCAAGACCAUCACCGCCCCAACCUCUUGGGGAGGCCGCUUUUGGGGCAGGACCCAUUGCAGUCAGGACUCCACCGGGAAAUUCUCUUGCGUCACAGGGGAUUGCGGCUCCGGAAAGGUGGAAUGCGCCGGGAGUGGGGCCAGCCCACCUGCCACGCUCGCAGAGAUCACCCUCGACGGCCACGGUGGACUCGAUUUCUACGACGUGAGCUUGGUCGAUGGGUACAACAUCCCUAUGAUGUUCACUCCUCAGGGUGGUAGCGGUCAGAAUUGUACCAAUACCGGUUGCAGAGCUGACCUCAACGACGCCUGCCCUUCAGAGCUCAAGGUGACGAGCGUGGAGGGCGGUGCAGGCGUGGCGUGUAGAAGCGCGUGCGAGGCCUUUCGGGAACCACAAUACUGUUGCAGCGGCGCGUACGGUACUCCGGAUACUUGCAAGCCGUCUUCGUACUCUGAGAUCUUCAAGAACGCGUGCCCACGCGCUUACAGCUAUGCUUACGAUGAUAAGUCCAGCACCUUCACAUGUUCGUCAGCAAAUAGUUACACCAUCACUUUCUGCCCAUCUCCUACCACCAGCCAAAAAGCGUCACAGCCACAAGAAGGGCAGAAUACGAGGACCACAAACCCAUCACCUCAUAUCACCGGCACCGGCACCGGCACCGGCACGAUGAUUUACGAAGGUGCCCUUGACGAAGAAAACAACGGAUCACCGUCCACGCGUCCCCACGUGUGGGGAUGUCAAGGCCUAGCCGGUUUAAUCAGUGUCACGUUGGCUAUUUGGCAGUUGUGGAAGCCCUUCUUCUAAAUUUUUCGCUAACCUCUUCUUCAUUAGUUAGUAUAGCAGGCCCAUUAGCUUCCAAAGUUCUGGUCCCAUCUUAACUCUAGGCCCAAUAUGGACGCGUGGACCCCGCAUUUUCAACUUUUGUUCCGUAGCUUGGGCCAUGAGGCCCCAUGUGGUUUGGCUCCGUGACGUGGAUUUGAGUCAUGAUUGAAAAAGCUCACCGGUCAGUUAAUGGCUAACCACACACACACUGGGAGAGUCCCUUUCAAAUUCGAUUAAAAUCCAAUUAACAAGUGAUGCGGAAGCCGAUAUAACAGGAUAGUGGUGGUGCUGGAAUUCGCAUGAAGAUGAGCUGUUUCUUUAGUAUAAGAAUAGGAUUUUAUUUUUUUUGUUUUUCUUUUCAAAUUUAUAAAAUUUUAAGGGGAACGGUUGGGAUUCAUUUGUUUGUUUAGACUUUAUAAAUAGAAAGUGCCAUUAUGAUAUGUAACCACCAAAUUUGGUGCUACAAUAUUGAAAUGAAGGAAGUUUAUAUA